AUGGGCGCAAUUCACCUCUAUCUCGUCCGCCACGGCGAGUCCGUCGACAACGUCGCGAACCUCUAUGCAGGCUCUCGUGACGCGUCCUUGACCUCCCACGGCGUCCUGCAAGCUAGGCGUCUGGGCACACACCUCGCCUUGCGCACCGCCUCGGCGCCCGUCUCGCACAUCUUCGCUUCGAAUUUGCAGCGUGCGUAUCGCACCGCCGAGGCUGUCUGCGACGCCCUCUCCACGCCCCCGAACGCGACUGAAGGUGAAACUUCGUCGUCGACGACAGGCAGGAGGGUGGAGGUCGUGCAGCUACCCGAGCUUCGCGAGAAGCACUUUGGGUCCGGCGAGGGCCAGAAGGUCGGCGCCCGCGCUGUUGGUGAAAGACACGUUGGCGCCGAGACCUCUGAGGCGAUGUUUACGAGGGCGAAGAAAUUUGUGGACGAGUACCUCGGCCCCAUCUUCGCCUGCGUCGAGGAGGGCGCGGAGAGCGUCGUGGUUAUCGCGCACGGGAUCAUUCUCGGCGUGCUCGUACGGGCUCUUCGUUCUGCAAAGAACUUGGGGACUGUUGUCGCCUCGCCCGAGGACCAGUUGCCUUUGGCCUGGAGCAACACCGGCUACGUCGAACUUCUCGUCACGCCUGCUGCGCCACCGUCCAAGGAGCCAGCGACUGCACCCACUUGGCCUGGCUUGUCCAUCAAGACAGUCGCCGUCAACUCCACGGGGCACCUCCAAGGUCUGAAAAAGACCCGAGGUGGGAUCGGCAGCGCCAAGUUUGACGAGAAGCAGAAGACGCUCAACGCGUUCUUUACGCCGACCGCAAAGAAGCGCAAACAUGGAGAUGACGCUUGA